AUGUUGAGGAAUUCUCAACAAUAUUAUUUGUUGACGAAAAGGAGUCGGCGUAGUGAACGAUUGCAUCCAUAUGGCUUCCUCAUAAUAUCUAAUUUUCAACCGAAUCGAUCAUUUGUAUUAACCAAAGGUCGAUAUAAAAAACCAGAUCUUAAUGCUCGAAAUUAUUAUGAUAUUUUGGGUAUAGAAUCAACAGCUACACAAAAAGAAAUACGUAAAGCAUUUCUUAAAUUAUCAAAAGAAUAUCAUCCGGAUUCUAAUGCAACUGAUAAAUCUCUUCAUUCAAAAUUUGUAAAAAUCAAUGAAGCUUUCAGUAUCCUCAGUAAACAAUCUACACGUACUACCUAUGAUCAAAAUCUUAACCCUUCAACUACUUCUCGGUAUCGACCUCAUUCCGAACAAUAUUCAUCACCCCGUCAACAACCAUAUGGAUCUCCAUUUGAUUGGACAUCUACAAACUCCAGUGAUCGAGGUGCCAAUCAACAACGAUGGAACACAAAUGAAUCAGACUGGGGACCACCGAAAUUCGAUAAAACGUUUUUCGAUAUGCUUCGUCGAAAAAUGGAACAAGAUCGAAAACGUGCAAAUGAACAUUCAUUCAGAUCAUCAUCGUCCAGUGCACUAGCUCAUAGAUAUUUUGGUCCAUUUUCCAUUAUUUCAUUUCUUAUUGGAUUCGGGAUUCUACUACAUGCAUUGCAAUGGCGUAUUGCAAGAUACAGUGAUCCGACAUUUGCUGUUGAUCCACGAACUCGCAGUUAUCAUGCUUAUCGUGAAUGGCAACGAUUGAGUGCGCUUGAAGGUGCUGAGUCAAUACCGAUGCGCGAUAGUUCGAAACGGCGAGAGGAAGAAAAAUAA